GGGCUUGUCGAUUCCCCCGCGUGUUUGUUUGGGUGUCUGCAGCGGCACCGGGGGGUAAAAUGCGGAGCCCCAAACGCUGCUGCUCUGCUGCGUGUUUCUGCGGAGCGAACUCGUGCGUCUCGGCGCACUGGCGGGUUGAGGGUUGGGCCGACUGCGGGGACUGUGGCGGCUGCGGCAGCCCGUGCCCGUGCCCUGCUGAUUUGUUGCGGCGACCGGCGGCGGAUGCAUGCGGGCCGCUCGGGGCACGUGCUUGUUUUUUUGCCCCGCACGCUUGUUUGUUGCGUUGCCCGCCACGCGGCGGCGGUGCUGGCGCCCCGCACGAGGAGGAGCCCGCAGCCGCCGCCCCGCAGGAAACGACGCGGGCCGCGGCACGCACCGCCGGUCAGACGCGCGGCUUCCCCGCGGGCACCGUCACCCGCACCUUCGCGUGGCGGCGGCGGCACUUGGCUGCUCAACCGUCGCAGUGGGCUUCUCGUGCGGGCGCCGGACUGUCGCCUCCACCGUCCCCCGCAUGCGUGGCCUGCGCUGCCCCCCACUGCCGCGCCCGAACUCAUCGCCGCCAUCGCUGUUUUUUUCCCUCCACAUUUAUCUUCACACACACACACAACAGACGUGCACGCGAUGCGCCUGUAG